AUGUUGCAGAAUUGGUCGUUUCUUGACCUAUGUAAUUCUAUACGCUCUCGUUUUCCUGAUUUGAUUCAAGUGUUUGUGAUUGCUUUGCCUUCGAGUAGUGAAAGUGUGGUGAGUAAUACAGUGUGUGAGGAUUCUAAUACCAUGCUUGAGGAGAAUGAUUAUUUGGGGUGUUAUAGGGCAGAGGCACCGAAGAGUUAUAUGACAAAAGGUUGGGAGAGUUAUAUUCAUUCUGAAGGCCAAAAGUUUGAGGGUGGGUGUUCUAAGAAACAUUCUCAGGGCUGCAAUUGGCUUGUGAAGGCUCAUUUAUGCAGGGCUAAUGGUUUCUUUAUGAUUAAAAGGUUGGUUAAUGUUCGCACAUGUCAUGGUGUGAUUCGUUUGCAGAAGAGUAAGAUGAUGGGAUCCAAGGUUGUCAAGUCUAUUGUUCUUGAUAAGAUUCGUGUCAAUCCAAACAAAAAGGCAAUUGAUAUAGUUGAUGAGAUCAAGAGUCAUUAUGGUUUGGAUGUUGCUUAUCGCACAGUUUGGUAUGGUACAGAGUUGGCAAAAACAGCCCUACAUGGUGAUGAAGCUGAUUCUUAUGCUCAACUAUUUUGGUUCAGUGAGUGUGUUAUGAAGUCAAACCCCGACUCUAGGAUAGUGAUUGAGUUUCAUCGAGAAACACACAGGUUUCAGCGUAUGUUUGUGACCUAUGGUGCAUGGAUGAAGGGUUUUCAAUCUUGUAGACCUAUUCUUUUCAUUGAUGCUACAUUCAUUACCAACAAGUACAAGGGGCAGAUCAUUGCUGCAUCGGCAAAGGACGCCAAUCAAGGUUGA